AAAUAUCAGAUAUCACACAUUCUUUCUUCAAACUUUUCAUCUUUCCAACGACAACCAAUUCACAAACUUUCAAGUCGAAUUCAAAGUCAUUCUCAAUCAAGUUCGACCAUAUAAACCACACGACAUAACAAUGCUCCCUUCUAUCAUCCUUCUCUCUCUGACCGCUUUGAGCGCAUUCGCUAUCCCAGCUCCUGAUCCUGAACCGGCUCAAGUACCAGGUCAUCAACUUCGUCAAGCUACUAGAGAUUCAGUAAUUUCAGCAUUAAAACGUGAAGCUUUAGGAUUGAAAAGACGUCAAACUACUGCGGCACCUUAUCCUACUUGUCCUAAUGAACAAGGUCAAGAUUCAGCUCAUCCUUUCCCCGCUGCUGUUUAUCUGAACACUUUGGGAACUUAUAAUGAAGAAUUUUCAGUCGUCGGGACUGCCAUGUCUGCGACUUUAGAUGAAUGUUUGGAAACUUGUAGAUCUACCACUGGAUGUGUAUCUAUCAAUUAUAACCCAAACAACAACCCAACUUGUUCUUUACUCAACACGAUGGAAACCAACCUUCAAGCUUAUAUGGGUGUCACAUACGGUGUUGUCGGUACUGAUUGCGCUAGCAAUGCUGUCAAUUCCAACAACCAAGCAUGUUGUAACGUCUAUAGUGAUACUGCCUAAACGAUAACAUCAUACACUUCAAUCUUUAUCUCCACACCCCAUCGACUCACUUUCUUGUACAGUCUUCGUGUGAUUCUUGGGACAUUGAGAUAAUGGACAAUUAUUCUGAUACGUCGGAUGAACUUCAUGUAUGAAUGAUACAUUUUUCACG